AUGCAGUGCUUCGCCGCGAUUGUGUUGGCCGUGGCUUUGGCUGGGUUCUCCGGAGCCCAGCAGGACGAGCCGUUGUUCCCGCUAUCGAUCUUCCACAUCAACGACCUGUACGCACGUUUCAACCAAGUGAAUCUGGAGGGUUUCACAUGCAUUGGACAAGAUGCGUGUCAGGGUGGCUACCCACGUGUAGUGAGCGCCGUUCGACAGAUGCAAGCUCAAGCGGAGAACUCGCUUUACUUGAACUCCGGUGGAAGCUUCAAGGGAACGCUCUGGUACACGGUUCACCGAUGGGAAGUCAUCGCUGCAAUGCUUAAUGUGCUCCCGGCCGACGCAAUGACUUUGGGUCGUUUUGAUUUCUUCCAUGGUCUCGAGGGACUGAACCCUUUCAUGGCCGCUUCGGAGACCCCCAUCGUGCUGACGAAUGUGGACAACUCCGCAGAACCAUCGUUCACUAACUUCACUCGUUCGCUUGUCCUCGAAAGGGGUGGACGUCGUAUCGGAAUUCUGGGAGUGAUCCGCACCGAUGUGGCGUCUAUUGGUCGUCCAGGAAAUCUCACAUUCACCGAGCCCGUUGAUGCUAUCCGUGAGGAAUCUGCUCGGCUUGCUGAAGACGGCGUGGACAUCGUGAUCGUGCUCUCGUACAAUGGCUACAACAGUGAACGUUUCCUUGCCCGUAACGGUGGACCUCAUAUCGAUUUGAUCAUUGGAGCUCAAUCCAACACGGUGCUGGUCAGUGGUCCUGAGGCCGAUAACUUCCCGCUGGAGGUUGAGGGCGAGUACCCAACGAUCGAGUUCCAACCGGAUGGACGACGUGUUUUAGUUGUGCAAGCGGGCUCUUACGGUCGUCUUGUAGGCAACCUGACUUUGUACUUCGAUGAAGAAGGUCAAGUGCAUCAUUAUGAAGGCAACCCAGUGUUCCUUGACACAUCGUUCCCCGAGGAUCCUGCCGUCAUGACUGCUCUUCUGCCCUUCCGACCAGAGGUUGAAGCUCUAGGAAAUCGUACAGUGACUGUUGCUGAUGUGAACCUGUCUCGUCAAGAUUGUGUGACAGGUGAAUGCGUUCUCGGUUCCUUGAUCGCCGACUCCAUGGUGAGGGCCUUCUUCCCGGUGUACAACGGAAUUGGUCUACAGAACCGCGGAGGUAUUCGAGCGGAUCUUCAGGCCGGUCCUGUAACCUACAAGCAACUGUUCGAGGUGAUGCCGUUCGAGAACUCUCUGUUUUCACUGCUGCUGCGUGGAGAUCAUCUCAUGACCAUCUUAGAAGAUAGUGUCCGUGGUGCGUUCGUGAACAACGGAACAGUGGAGGCGCGCAAUCUUCUACAGGUUUCUGGUCUUAGAGUCACGUACCGCAUAACGAAUCCACCUGGCCGACGUCUGGUGUCGCUGGAAGUGCUCUGCCAACAAUGCACGGGUGAGGUGUACGAACCGAUCAAUCCGUUCCGAGAGUACCGCGUCGCGGUUACGAGUUUCCUAGCCGAAGGUGGCGAUGGAUUGGCGACGUUUGCUCGCGAAGGAAUGGACCUCCAGGAGGGACCGGUUGAUUUGGACGCCUUUGAAGAACAUGUCGUACGGCUUUCGCCUAUCGGAAAUGUUGACGGUGGACGUAUUCGGUUCAUCUUUUAA